AUGGCCCUGUACCCUGUACCCACUCCUCACAGCCUCACCAACCCCCUGGCCCUGUACCCUGUACCCACUCCUCACAGCCUCACCAACCCCCUGGCCCUGUACCCUGUACCCACUCCUCACAGCCUCACCAACCCCAUGGCCCUGUACCCUGUACCCACUCCUCACAGCCUCACCAACCCCCUGGCCCUGUACCCACUCCUCACAGCCUCACCAACCCCCUGGCCCUGUACCCACUCCUCACAGCCUCACCAACCGCCUGGCCCUGUACCCACUCCUCACAGCCUCACCAACCCCCUGUACCCUGUACCCACUCCUCACAGCCUCACCAACCCCCUGGCCCUGUACCCUGUACCCACUCCUCACAGCCUCACCAACCCCAUGGCCCUGUACCCACUCCUCACAGCCUCACCAACCCCCUGGCCCUGUACCCACUCCUCACAGCCUCACCAACCCCCUGGCCCUGUACCCACUCCUCACAGCCUCACCAACCCCAUGGCCCUGUACCCUGUACCCACUCCUCACAGCCUCACCAACCCCCUGGCCCUGUACCCACUCCUCACAGCCUCACCAACCGCCUGGCCCUGUACCCACUCCUCACAGCCUCACCAACCCCCAUGGCCCUGUACCCACUCCUCACAGCCUCACCAACCGCCUGGCCCUGUACCCACUCCUCACAGCCUCACCAACCCCCUGGCCCUGUACCCACUCCUCACAGCCUCACCAACCGCCUGGCCCUGUACCCACUCCUCACAGCCUCACCAACCCCCUGGCCCUGUACCCACUCCUCACAGCCUCACCAACCGCCUGGCCCUGUACCCACUCCUCACAGCCUCACCAACCGCCUGGCCCUGUACCCACUCCUCACAGCCUCACCAACCCCAUGGCCCUGUACCCACUCCUCACAGCCUCACCAACCCCAUGGCCCUGUACCCUGGAGUGGUGAUGGGGGAUGUAGGGGGGGGGGUGGGGGUGGACUGCAGGUGCUUGACAUAUGAAUCUAUGGGUUCUUCGUGUGCCUUACAUUUGUAUUGCUAUUUAAGAGAGUAAGAAAGGAGAUCUACUAUUUAAGAUAUUUAUUUUGAGAUUGGACUAUGUUCUAUGUGCUCUAAGGACAGAGACUUAGUGGCGGUACUGUAUUAAUAUGAUUAUGUAUUCAUCUCAAGGCAUAUAAGUUAUUGAGUAGAUUUAGUUGUAUUAUAAUUAUUAUUAACAUACUCAACCAAAAAUGUUGAUGUAGGAAUUAUAUACGAUACAAUUCUGUAUGUGCACUGUACAAUUAUACUUUUUGCUUUUUGAAAUCUUAGAACGUGACAUUAAAUAUUGGUUAGUUUAAUGCCUUUUGUAUGAAACUUUAUUUAAAUGCAGGCCUAUUUGCGUGCAGACUGUUACUCUGCCUCUUGUGUUUAGAACUGUUGGAAAAGACAAAAAAAAUCCUGACAAAAAUGAGCAAAAUGCUGCUUUUACAGUACAUUAGAAUGUAUAGUCAUUGUCAUGGUUCAGAAAGCUGUGCUUCUAUUGCUUUUAAUAUACAUCAGAUGGGCUAUUUUACACUGUUGGGAAUUUUUAUACUUGAACUAUUUCUUACAAGGGAAAAUAUGGAAAAUAAAUGACCAAAAAAAACUUUUUAAAGGAAGUUUUUCAUUGUCACUGGAUUAAGGCAUGUAAAGUGUUAUUUACUAUAUUUAAAUGCAAAGGUCCUGUUGGUAUUAAAACUUUAUUUCAGAAUUUCAACACUAUUUACUCUAAAUUGAAAUAAAAGGUUCUAUAUUUAAACAGAAUACUGUUGUUUUUAUUUAAGAUGGAUGUAGGAUGUUGAGUUGAUGUUGAGUUGAUGUUGAAUUUAUGUUGUUUUCAGGUUGGGUGUCUUUUUGUGGGCCUUAGUAUGGAGGCCUGAGACCAUUGAUAGUCUCCAGAACAAAUUAGGUAUGAAAUAUGUAGCUGCCAAAGCUGUUGAUGUCUAUUAAACAACUAUAAACAGACUUGCUGUCUUUUUGUGCAAACAUAAACAUAAAACAUAACCAAAGCUGUUAAUAUGGUUGUAAAACAUUUUGGGGGACUGGUGUUUAAAAACAAUGCUCUUAGUUUAGUUGGGUGAGGUAGCUGAGAACUUUUCACUGUGUGUGUGUGUGUGUGCGUGCAUGCGUGCGUGCGUGCGAGUGUGUGUGCGUGUGCGAGUGACCACAGAGCAGCCAGUAGGCAGUCAGGAGCCUUAUGAGAUUACACACAAAAUGUCCGCUGGGUGUCGGCUGCCUGGUAUGCUGCUGCUCGUCAUUGUGUAACACUGUCACCCAAGGCCCCUCCACCAUUUUAGCCGGGCCGUCGAUGACGUGGGACAAGCAUUGACUUCACACUCAAACAAACCUGUCUGGAAGCAGAGAGUUAGAGAAUGGAGUCCUCUGGGAAAGCAUAUAAAUAAUUCAGAGGCUUUCUAAUCAAUAAAAGAUGCCAAGAGGCCUAGAUGCUGGCUGCAAUACGUACCUCCCUACCCUUUCCUCCCUAACCUGGCACGGAGGCAGCAUGGGCUAUGUCCCAUUGGGCCCUGGCAAAAGUAUUGCACUUCAUAGGGAACAGGGUGUGAUUUGGGACAGAAUAUGGUCUAUUUCAGCCUGCAGUGUAACCAGACGCUGGUCAGCCAGGCCCAGGCAGCUGCCAUGACACAGCAGAGAUAGAGGCCUUUCACAUGACAUCACUAUGGCUUCCAUGGCAUCUGACGUCCGCCAUGAUGGAAUUCAGAGGCAGGUUGUGAAUUGGGAUAUGACAGUCAGAGAGUAGAAGGCGCCGUUAACAUGAUCAGGGUCACGGUGAAUAGCCCUGUUGAAACUCGCCCACAGUUUAUUUGAGUUGACGUGAACUAGCUAUAACCAGUGAUUAUAUCAGUGCAGAAUGAUCCCCAACCUUGUGAUUUUGGAGUGGUGGUGGUGAUGAUGAUGAUGGUUGUGGUGGUGAUGAUGAUGAUGGUGUUGGUGGUGGUUGUGGUGAUGAUGAUGAUGGUGUUGGUGGUGGUUGUGGUGAUGAUGAUGAUGGUAGUGGUAGUGGUUGUGGUGAUGAUGAUGAUGGUAGUGGUUGUGGUGGUGAUGAUGAUGAUGGUGAUGAUGGUGUUGGUGGUGGUGAUGAUGAUGAUGAUGAUGGUAGUGGUGGUGGUGAUGAUGAUGACAAGCUUUUAGAAUUUGAUUAUCCCCCCAGCACUAUGGAGAAACUAGGCUAUAGUGCUUUCUCCCUUGAGUCAUGGGCAAGUCCAUUGCUAGCCUGCCUACACAACAUUAGAUUUCAAUCAGACAUUCCAUAUUUAGGUGUCUGGGGAUCCCGCUACUGCUUCUCAAGACCGGGUAGGGGGGCAGAAGAAGAUUGGAGGCACCAACUGGUACUUUGCCAGUGGUCCACUUACUCCACUAAGUUCUCAGGUUCACCAAUGUUGCUUAUUUUGGAAGUCCCGGAAGCUCAGAGUUAUCUGCGCGAUUGAUUGACAGGGAGGCUGGGUACAGCGGAAGACCCAGGGACGAAUCUUGCCCGGCAUAUUACAAAAGCGAAAGAAAACAGUACGCCAGGAUUUGAUAGGGACCUAUAAUCGAAGGUAAAUAUGUUACUUUGUUGGUUAGUUUGUUUUCAACCGACUGUAAUGUUUUUGACGAGAUGGGAACGGGAGGGAGUGGUGCAGGGAGGCGGGGGCCAGGGCGGCACGUUUGUAGCUGGCUCGCCUCAUUGAAACGCGUGCGGUUAUUCUAUUCGUUGUGUUGGCAGGAGAAAAGAAGACACCGAUAACCACAAAGGUCUGAACAAUCGCCCUUUUCAUAUUCUUUGUGUGCGGUCUGUGUGUCUUGUCUUUGUGUUUUGUAUGGCUAGUUACAUCAUUGCGUAUUCGCGGCGUUUCAACGUUUUCCGGAAAACGUGUAGGGCGUCAAAUAGGCUACCGUUACUGCUAGACUAUAAGAAUUGUAAUAUUUUCCUCUGAGUUUAUUUCAUAAAUGUAUGUCGAUGUCAUUGCAGUUGGUGUAUGUGAUGACAACGGUAGCCUAUACAAUGCAGCAUGCCAAUGACGCAGGAUGAAACUGGAAGGAUGACAUGUCAACAUAGUUGUAUUAUUAUUGUGGUGUCAUGUGUGGCGCCGAGCCCAUAACCGUUUUUAGUAUGCCUAUGUAAUGUGAUGCUAUUGUCAUACCUCUCAUACCUACUAUCUAUGAAGUGAGCACGCAAACGCAACAUACUAUAGUUCUCACACAGAAUCAGUGCACCUGUGUCACACCAACCUUGAAUGAACCUUUUGGGAACAUUAUGAAUGUUGACACAGUUUAAUGCUGUCCAAAUAUUAUCUAACUGAUUAUGAACAUUUUUCAAUUCUCACAUGUAAGCCUUUAUGAUUAUUUUCACAUUCUCAAAUGUACUAUUCAUAAGCCCUAUAACUAUAAGAGUUUCCAGAUCUCCAGGUAGAAGGCCCAUCAUCAUGUCUAAGAAAUAUAUGGUCCUUAGCCUAGAGGGGGCCUAUCAAGCACCAACCAUAGAACCUUAAGACUUAGAAUAGAUUACAGUAUAUCACCACCACUAACUUGAAGCAGGGGCCCAAUAUAGCCCUGAGAUCAGAUACCCAGGGCAUAGAGUUUAUGAGGCCCCAUGGUGAUCUUGGAGUAUAAUGCCAUUCUCAUUUCAGUAGAAUAAUAACACACCACCGAUGUCUGCUUUCACAGCUGUUGGGUCUAAAUCCCUCCCCAUUGGUCAGACAAUUGUUAGGUGCUUUGUUUGCUACGAAAACAAUAUUCCUUAUGGUGCCUCCAGUAUAUAAUUCUCUAAACCUCUAACCACAGGGUUGCGGGUUCAAAUCCUGUGCUGGCUCUUCCUCCUCGAUCACUGUAUACAAAUAACGUAUUGUAACACUGUAUAGCUGGAGUCCAACAGCGAAAGAGGUAACAAUGUAAUUCCCCAUACAUUUCGAUCGCCAUGGACACUUUGGCCAACUCACAAUGUUGAAGAGAUGCUAAUCAAGUCAUACUGUGCCAGAUUCUAGCUGUUGCUUUCACUCAGUUUUCAAUGUUAAUGUUUUCAACAUAUCUUCCAGGGAAAACUAAUGAUGAAUUAGGGCUUGGGAAAAUACAGUGUCAGACUACUCUGUUCUAUAGCACGUUGCAAGGCUUGUCAAAUGUUUUUAUUUACAACAAAGCACAUCUUGAUAUUUUGGAAUAAAUAUAAUCUUAAUUUGAUCACCAUGUUGUUGCAGGAAGCGCAAACUUAGUGUAUUUAAGGUUUAAAAAGACUUCAAACGUUUGUAAUUUCCACACAAAAAAAUCGGACUUAAUUUGCCCUAACAAAAAAUGUCAACCCCUACACAAAGGUCCAUAAUUCACACAAUAAUUCACAUUUCCUGUUGCUGCAGGAUUAUUUGCCUGAUGUGAGAAACUGGUCAAAUUAAGAUCCUACAUCUGUACACUCUUUGAUCAGAUAUUCAGCGUAAUGUAUGCCAGUGAGCACUGGUCUAAGAUCAGCUUUCCCUGCAUCUUACCUUAUCUCACCCAUUGGAGCACAAGCACAAAAAUGGACUCAGGAUCAGUACUUAGAGAACACCGCCACCUAUCAGUCAUUACCCUACACAGUCCAAAUAUAUAUUUGAAGGAGUCACUUUGAUGAAGUUACAUUGCCAUAACACAUUGGUUUUUAACAAUGAAGACAUAUUUAUUUUUCAACUUACACUGUCUUCCAAGGGUGUCUGAAUAUCUCUCAAACAUCCAGUUUGAAGACCUCAAACCAAACCCAGAGGUCUCCAGUGGCUGGCUCCAGACUCUCUAGCGCCCUGUACUGUCAGGCAGCCCACAGAAAUAUACAGUGAAGCCCAUGUUAGACAUUUGGCACUGCUGGGAGAAUUCUCUAGAGUAAUUAACAGAUUAAGCCCAGGCUGCACCUCCCAUCCACCACCAAUGAAUUAGUGAACUCACAGGACUGCUAGUUUGAGGCCUGCUGCAGGCUACAGCUCCCUGGUGAAUAUGCUACCUGCUAGAUCCUACUGUAGCAGAUAGCUCAUCCUAAUAUUCAAAUAUUAUAUGGAUUCGGCUAUUUCAGCCACACCCGUUGCUGACAGGUGUAUAAAAUCGAGCACACCGACAUGCAAUCUCCAUAGACAAACAUUGGCAGUAGAAUGGCCUUACUGAAGAGCUCAGUGACUUUCAACGUGGCACCGUCAUAGGAUGCCACCUUUCCAACAAGUCAGUUUGUCAAAUUUCUGCUCUGUUAGAGCUGCCCCGGUCAACUGUAAGUGCUGUUAUUGGAAACGUCUAGCAGCAACAACGGCUCAGUCGCGAAGUGGUAGGCCAUACAAGCUCACAGAACGGGACCGCCGAGUGCUGAAGUGCGUAGCGCGUAAAAAUCGUCUGUCCUCGGUUGCAACACCCACUACCGAGUUCCAAACUGCCUCUAGAAGCAACAUCAGCACAAUAACUGUUCGUCGGGAGUAUCAUGAAAUGGGCUUCCAUGGCCGAGCAGCCGCACACAAGCCUAAGAUCAUCAUGCGCAAUGCCAAGCAUCGGCUGGAGUGGUGUAAAGCUCGCCGCAAUUGGACUCUGGAGCAGUGGAAACACGUUCUCUGGAGUGAUGAAUCACGCUUCACCAUCUGGCAGUCUGACGGACAAAUCUGGGUUUGGCGGAAUCCAAGAGAACGCUACCUGCCCCAAUGCAUAGUGCCAACUGUAAAGUUUGGUGGAUGAGGAAUAAUGGUCUGGGGCUGUUUUUCAUGGUUCGGGCUAGGCCCCUUAGUUCCAGUGAAGGGAAAUGUUAACGCUACAGCAUACAAUGACAUUCUAGACAAUUCUGUGCUUCCAACAUUGUGGCAACAGUUUGGGGAAGAGCCUUUCUUGUUUCAGCAUGACAAUGCCCCCGUGCACAAAGCGAGGUCCAUACAGAAUUGGUUUGUCAAGAUUGUUGUGGAAGAACUUGACUGGCCUGCACAGAGCCCUGACCUCAACCCCAUCGAACACGUUUGGGAUGAAUUGGAACGCUGACUGCGAGCCAGGCCUAAUCGCCGAAUAUCAGUGCCCGACCUCACUAAUGCUCCCGUGGCUGAAUGGAAGCAAGUCCCCGCAGCAAUGUUCCAACAUCUAGUGGAAAGGCUUCCCAGAAGAGUGGAGGCUGUUAUAGCAGCAAAGGGGGGACCAACUCCAUAUUAAUGCCCAUGAUUUUGGAAUGAGAUGUUCGACGAGCAGGUGUCCACAUACAUUUGGUCUUGUAGUGUAUCUACCUCAAUUACUCGGUACUGGUACCCCAUGUAUAUAGCCAAGUUAUCGUUACUCAUUGUGUAUUUAUUCCUCGUGUUAUUAUGUUUCUAUUAUUUCUGACUGAAAGCAAUGUACUGUUUCUCUAAGUAUUCCAAACUUGUGUCAUUCUCCAAGACUCACGAUAUCACAAAUCAGGCAUAGACUACACUACGGUAGGCUACACACAAAGGAAAGUAUUAAAAGCUGUGUGUGCUGUUUAUUUCAGCCUCACUGUUUUACAUAAUAGAUUGAAUAUGCUUUAAAUGCAUCUUUCUUUCUUUCUUUCCUUCUAUCUUUCUUUCUUGAUCACUAGUGUUUGAAGACUGAAUUAAUGAAAGUAGAGAAGGAAAUGAAAGGUGAAGUAAUGUGUACCGUAGUUUUGACGUCCCCGUUCAUUCAGAUAACUGAUAGAGAGGAGAAGUAGAUCCAUCUUCUACACUUGACCUCCUGUCAAUCAAAUGCCAUUUGGGACACAACUCGUAUCUUUGUAAUGUACACAAUGUUCAGAUACAUAGCUACAUCCUUAGAAUUCAGUAAACCCUUACCCUAACUCUACACUAAAACCUGACCCAAACCCUCUUCUGUAUCUGUACAAAUGAUCUGUAUCUGUAAGCAUGAUAUAAUUCUGAUUAAUAGUGAAGUGGAUGGAGUCAACUGCACUAUAAAUAACUUUUGGUGUAUUCGGCGCAUGUGACAAAUAACAUUUUAUUUGAUUUAAUACUUUCCUUUGUGUGUAGCCUACCGUAGUGUAGGAUUUAUGAUAUCUUGAGUCUUGGAGAAUGACAAAAGUUUGGAAUAAAAACACAUCUAGUGGAAUGGGAUUCUCGCUUCUUCAGAAGUCUGUGAAAUAAAAGUCAGACAGUAUAUAUUUACUCUGUACUGUCACCUUUGUGACUUAGUUUGUCCACCCCUCUAACAGAUAUCUUAGCUCUGCCUCUGUUCCUGUCCCUGGAUAAUCUAAUAGCUAGUGACAUUCCAGUAGUUAGAGCAGCAUCCAGCUGAAGGUGUGGCUCUGUGGCGACUGAACUGACCCUCCUUCAGACCUGGGUGCAAAUUCUAUUCAAAAUCUUUCAAAUACCUUUGAGCGUUUGCUCUAGCCUGCCUGGAGUGCCAGAUAGGUGGGGUUUACAGGCUACUAUUCUAUUGAUUCAUUAACCCAGGCACACUCAAUCAAGCACAGAGAAAGCAUUAAAAAUGAUUCACAUAGUAUUUGAACCCAGGCCUGCUCUCCUUCGAUAACUUCUCCUUUACUUAAUCUAGACUCGACACACCACUCAACAGGAAUCAGCCAUGACCAAUGACCCAUGUCAUGAUACACCUAUGGUAUGGUGUGCAUGAUGUGAUAUAAUUGAUGGGUAGCAGAAGUUGAGGUCCAGGAAACUGAAUCGGCACUCCUCAGAUAAACUCUGAUUGCGUAUCCCCAAAUGGCACCCUAUUUAUUCCCUUUAUAAGGCUCACUCCUCAGAUAAACUCUGAUUGCGUAUCCCCAAAUGGCACCCUAUUUAUUCCCUUUAUAAGGCUCAUUGACAGUACCAACCCUGGCUACAGCUCCAGUGAUGGACAUACAGUGGGGAGAACAAGUAUUUGAGACACUGCUGAUUUUGCAGGUUUACCUACUUACAAAGCAUGUAGAGGUCUGUAAUUUUUAUCAUAGGUACACUUCAACUGUGAGAGACGGAAUCUAGAAAAUCACAUUGUAUGAUUGUAAAGUAAUUAAUUUGCAUUUUAUUGCAUGACAUAAGUAUUUGAUACAUCAGAAAAACAGAACUUAAUAUUUGGUACAGAAACCUUUGUUUGCAAUUACAGAGAUCAUACGUUUCCUGUAGGUCUUGACCAGGUUUGCACACACUGCAGCAGGGAUUUUGGCCCACUCCUCCAUACAGACCUUCUCCAGAUCCUUCAGGUUUCAGGGCUGUCGCUGGGCAAUACGGACUUUAAGCUCCCUCCAAAGAUUUUCUAUUGGGUUCAGGUCUGGAGACUGGCUAGGCCACUCCAGGACCUUGAGAUGCUUCUUACGGAGCCACUCCUUAGUUGCCCUGGCUGUGUGUUUCGGGUCGUUGUCAUGCUGGAAGACCCAGCCACGACCCAUCUUCAAUGCUCUUACUGAGGGAAGGAGGUUGUUGGCCAAGAUCUCGCGAAACAUGGCCCCAUCCAUCCUCCCCUCAAUACGGUGCAGUCGUCCUGUCCCCUUUGCAGAAAAGCAUCCCCAAAGAAUGAUGUUUCCACCUCCAUGCUUCACGGUUGGGAUGGUGUUCUUGGGGUUGUACUCAUCCUUCUUCUUCCUCCAAACACGGCGAGUGGAGUUUAGACCAAAAAGCUCUAUUUUUGUCUCAUCAGACCACAUGACCUUCUCCCAUUCCUCCUCUGAAUCAUCCAGAUGGUCAUUGGCAAACUUCAGACAGGCCUGGACAUGCGCUGGCUUGAGCAGGGGGACCUUGCGUGCGCUGCAGGAUUUUAAUCCAUGACGGCAUAGUGUGUUACUAAUGGUUUUCUUUGCGACUGUGGUCCCAGCUCUCUUCAGGUCAUUGACCAGGUCCUGCCGUGUAGUUCUGGGCUGAUCCCUCACCUUCCUCAUGAUCAUUGAUGCCCCACGAGGUGAGAUCUUGCAUGGAGCCCCAGACCGAGGUUGAUUGACCGUCAUCUUGAACUUCUUCCAUUUUCUAAUAAUUGCGCCAACAGUUGUUGCCUUCUCACCAAGCUGCUUGCCUAUUGUCCUGUAGCCCAUCCCAGCCUUGUGCAGGUCUACAAUUUUAUCCCUGAUGUCCUUACACAGCUCUCUGGUGUUGGCCAUUGUUGAGAGGUUGGAGUCUGUUUGAUUGAAUGUGUGGACAGGUGUCUUUUAUACAGGUAACGAGUUCAAACAGGUGCAGUUAAUACAGGUAAUGAGUGGAGAACAGGAGUGCUUCUUAAAGAAAAACUAACAGGUCUGUGAGAGCCGGAAUUCUUACUGGUUGGUAGGUGAUCAAAUACUUAUGUCAUGCAAUAAAAUGCAAAUGAAUUACUUAAAAAUCAUACAAUGUGAUUUUCUGGAUUUUUGUUUUAGAUUCCGUCUCUCACAGUUGAAGUGCACCUCUGAUAAAAAUUACAGACCUCUAAAUGCUUUGUAAGUAGGAAAACCUGCAAAAUCGGCAGUGUAUCAAAUACUUGUUCUCCCCACUGUAUUAAGGCUCAUUGACAGGACCAACGUCAACAAGGCAAAGGAGCUGAUCGUGGACUACAGGAAACGGAGGGCCGAGCACGCCCCAUUAACAUCGACAGGGCUGUAGUGGAGCGGGUCGAGAGCUUUAAAUUCCUUGGUGUCCACAUCACUAAGGAUCUAUCAUUGUUCAAACACAACAACACAGUCAUGAAGAGGGCACGACAAUGCCUCAUCCCUUGGUAUAUUAACUGCUUGGCGCAACAGAGUGUACUGGGGCCGAAAUCCCUGCCAUCCAGGACCUCUAUACCAGGUGGUGACAGAGGAAGGCCCUAAAAAUGGUCAACGACUCCCGCCACCCAAGUCAUAGACUGUUCAUUCUGCUACCGUACGGCAAGCGGUACCGAUACACCAAGUCUGGAACCAACAGGACCCUGAACAGCUUCUACCCCUAAGCCAUAGGACUGCUAAAUAGUUAGUUAAAUAGUCUGACUAGCUAUUUGGUUAACUAUCUGCAUUGACCCUUUUUGCACUAACUUUUUUGACCCCAUGUAUAUAGCCAUGUUAUUGUUACUCAUUGUGUAUUUAUUAUUACUUUUAUUAUUUCGUGUUUUAUUUUUCUAUUAUUUCAUUAAAACAUUUAUCUCUGCAUUGUUGGGAAGGGCCAGUAAGUAAGCUUUUAACUGUUAGUCUACAUCUGUUGUUUACGAAGCAUGUGACGACUAAAAUGUGAUUUGAUUUGAUUGAUUGAUUGACCAGCCCUGGCUACAGCGCCAGUGAUGGACAUAUUAAGGCUCUUUGACAGGACCAGCCAUGGCUAUAGCCCCAGGCUCAUUGACAGGACCAGCCAUGGCUAUAGCCCCAGGCUCUUUGACAGGACCAGCCAUGGCUAUAGCCCCAGGCUCUUUGACAGGACCAGCCAUGGCUAUAGCCCCAGGCUCUUUGACAGGACCAGCCAUGGCUAUAGCCCCAGGCUCUUUGACAGGACCAGCCAUGGCUAUAGCCCCAGGCUCUUUGACAGGACCAGCCAUGGCUACAGCCCCAGGCUCUUUGACAGGACCAGCCAUGGCUAUAUCCCCAGGCUCUUUGACAGGACCAGCCAUGGCUAUAGCCCCAGGCUCUUUGACAGGGCCAGCCAUGGCUACAGACUUUCUCCACUUCCUUCUAGGGCCGCCACCAUGGAAACGUUAGUGCAGCAGCUGGAGAAGGCCGUGAUUCGCCUAGAGCAGGUGUCUGUCAACAUGCAGGUGUCCAAUGGCAUGGCCAACGGGGACAGUAACGGGAUCAACGGAGGUGAGUUGUAGAAUUCUCAUGGUCCAGGCUACGACAGCAGUGUUUAGCAUUGGGUAGUGAGGCAGAGUAACCAGGAGGUUCAAUGUUUAAGGUUCAAGGAGGUUCUAGGUUCAACUGGGAACUACUUUAUCCAAUGAACGUUUAUGAACAUGUAAUACUGUAUGUAAAACUAUGAAAAGAUACCAGAACUCCUGAACUCUCCACUAUGCUCAUUGUCUUCUCCUGCUUCCUCCCUUCUUCCUCUCCUCCACUCCUGUCUCUCCAGGUCUGUCCCAGUGUAUGGACGCCUUUGACCUGCUGCUGAUGGGGCCAGUGUCAGAGUACCUGAAGAAUAGCCGUGCCAUAGGAGACGAUGUGGAGAACCAUGUGAGUGGCAGGAGUGUGUGCGUGCGUGCGUGA